CAGUUCUUAUGGUAUUUGUGACUGUUACAAGCUACGGACAGGAAGGAGCAGCUGAUGAUGGACCGAGAUUUCGAUUCCCAUCACCGCACCGUUACGACCUUGCUACAUGGUGUGAGGAGAAGUAUUAUCCAUACGAAAAGGACGGGAUGUUUGCAAGCCCAAACUAUCCACUAGAUUAUAACAGCGAUGAAGAAUGUGUCUAUAGAUUUGAAGCUGCCGAAAACGAGGUGAUUGAGCUGGUCUUCUCUUCAACUUUCAACGUAGAGGGCUCAGCCGGGUGCGAGUACGACUACAUCGAGAUCCACGAUGGUCGCUAUGGUUACUCCCCACUCAUCACUCGUGAUUGUGGUAACGUUGCUCCUCCUCGGAUAGUGUCCUCCGGAAAUCAUCUUCUUAUGUUUUUCAUCACCGAUAGUUUACUGGUAGAGCAGGGAUUCGCUGGGAUAUUCAGGUAUCUACCAGCUCCAACCAAACCCCAAGCAACAAGUGUUUCGACAAGAAGGACAUACGGACCUGAAGAAUGUUUCUUUUCGAUGGACGGUUACGAUGGUGAGAUCUCAGCAGAGGACGUGUUCAGGAUACUAGAUGAAGAUAAGAGAUGGCCAACCAAAAUAGACUGUACGUGGGAGGUUACUGUCCCUCCAAACAACAAGAUAAUGAUAGAGUUUGCGGAGUUCUCGCUUCACUACGUCAAUGAAUGCUACAUGAAUCAGAUCAUGAUCUAUGAUAAGUAUGCUUGGGAUUUGAAGCGAAUGAAAACGUUUUGCAGUACCUCGGCCCCAUCUAUCAUGACAACAAGUAACAGGGCUUUUAUCCGCUUCCAGGCCAAUACUGGCAGCGUCAAGAACUUCUGGAAGGUCAUCUAUACAGCUUACCGAGAUUACGAGUGUAAUGAGACAGCAUCGUUCACAUGUGGUGAAUAUAUGUGCAUCAAUCGAGAACUUGUUUGUAAUGGAAGACAGAACUGCUAUAACAUGGCAUACGAUGAAGCCGAUUGCGAACCGGAGCACCCUACUUCGCUGCUAAAUGGUAAAAUCGACGCCGUUCUGGGAUGCAUGAUGGCUAUCAUUUUCCUUGUCACCUUUAUAACCAUAUGCCUAACGUGUCGUCAUUCAUGGUUACGAACUCGUGAACGAGCCAAGGCAAUGUCGACGCGACGGAAAGCUGAAAAACAAGCUGUACAAUAUAUGAUGGACAACGAGGCUAACGCGGACGCACAAGAACUAAGUCCGAUGGGGGAGCGCGAAACUACAAACUACACAGUAUGGAACAAAAAUAGUUUAACAGACGAUAAUUAUGUUUCGUGUAAUAAUACAUCGUCUUCGACCAGUCGCCAUCUUGGGACGGGGAGAGCUUCGCUGACCUCACAAGUGAGCGAUUACGUGGAACAUAUGAUGGAUAGGAUUGGGAGUGUGCAUGGACAAAGUAGUGGAGGGAGCAGCGAAGGAAAACUCACCCGAGCCAAUACCAAUAAUGUUUGGACAAGACAAUCAUUUAGCGAUCACCCCAGGACGGUUCACAAAUAUCCUACGAAGGAUAUACAAGUACAUGUUUAAGAAUUUCUCAAUCACCUGUGAUAAAGUUUAAGCUUCAUGUGUGUAUAAACCAAGAUUGCCAAAUCAAACAUUAAGACAGAGAAAGAAUCUUGGUUAUCAUUGCAAUUUUGAUAAAAUGCAGCGAACUUCCACAGUAAUCAUCUCUUACCAAAUAUUCCUUCUAUUUAUCACUACUUGGUGUUGUCGUGUAAAGAUUAUAUCCUCUCUUCCAGAUCGUGAGUUGUUCGUGACGUCAUCGGUGAUAUACCCUUAUGCCAAACAUUUGAAGCAUAAAAUGUACAGGUUGGAAUCUCAAGGAUAAUAUUGUCUUUGAGCUUGAACAAUUAUUCAAGACCAUAUGGAUUUUUCAUCGAUAAUAGAAAAACUGCUGUUUGUGUGGAUGCUCGAUAUAAGACGCGCAGGAUUCAUGGAAAAUCUAUAUGCGAAUAUUGGCAGAUUUUCAAAAUCUUUACAUAAAUUGUUUUACUACGUUGAUGGCACACACUAAACGCUUGUCCUCAUCAGCCUGUGUUUCCAAACAUUCAUUUGUUUCUGAUCUGUGGAAACCAGAUGAGAACUUGCUAGAGAUAAUAUGUGAUAAAGAUGCAAUCAUUUCGAUGUGCGGGCUAUUACCUCGGGUUCACCUCAAAAUUAGAAACCUUUAUCUCUGGACCAUUUACAACACAUAAGAAACGAAGGUUAGGCUGUGAAGUCAUUUCUUUGCAGGUACACUACUGGGCCCUGUUGCAUAAAAGUUACUAUUAUGGUAACUUUGCCAUCCAAUGGUAACUUCAAUGAAAUCCUUUAUUUUGAUUGGCUCUUAAGCGUUGUUACCAUGGUAGUUACCAUUGGAUGGCAAAGAUACCAUAAUAGUAACUUUCAUGCAACGGGGCCCAUAGGACGUGUUGGUAUUGCAACAAAUGUUUUGAUAACAGACUUCCACGAACAACGUCGUCCUGUUUUACCUCUUAAUGAUUUGAGCUGCAUUUCUACUUGUCACCAUUGAGCUACACUCAUAUUCCUGACACCAUAUUUUGGAGAGUAUUACGAAAUACCCUAUCGACAAAUUUUGGCUAACAAAUUUGUUAUUACACUGAAAAAACUCCGGUGUUGAUUUAACACCAGCCCGGAAUCUAUAUAUGUCCACACCAGAGAAGUAUUGAAACAACACCAGUUUGGAAUCAAACCGAUGAUGUUUUGAUACUAACUGGUGUUGUAUAAACACUUCUCUGGUGUGGACUUAUAUAGAUUCCGGGCUGGUGUUAAAUCAACACCAGAGUUUUUGCAGUGUAGCCAACCUUAUGCGAUGGUUUCAUUAGCUUUUAACAAUUGUCAUUGGAAACCAUCAGCACACUGCUACAUAGAAUGUUCCUCAGAGCACCAUUACAGAACAGUUUAAAGACGAUUUCAAAUUGACAGUAAUAGAUCUAUAUUCUUUUCAUUUAUGACUUUUUGUCCUUUUCUUACUCUUUACGACGCAGUAUUCUGACUAUUCUUAAGAUGUUGCAAGGAGAAAACGCUCCGAAGAUCUUGCUAACAUACAGUUUCUAAUUAUUUUGUUUUCUAAACAUACAUCCAGUAUUUAUACUAUCAAAUCAUCCAAUCCUAUUAUCAAUUUCUUCUCAAAUAGUUUGCCUAUGUCAUGCCGAGGUAUGAAUAAUCACUUGUUUAACACAACAAUCAAUUUUUUUAAGGCAAAAGAUACACUGGUUUAUGUAUUAUGCAUGCAAUUUUAACCUUUAUUGAACUUGACGACAUGAUGCCCCCCCCCCCCUUGACGCUUCGCGCGAUUUUUCCAGUUCACCGUUGCAUAAGAGUUACUACUAUGGUAUCUUUGCCAUCCAAUGGUAACUACCAUAGUAACUACGCUUAAGAGCUUAACUCCUCGAGACCAACUGUUUGACGUAUGGGUAAAGAAUCGCGACGCCACGUGACGUUUUGUAUACGAGACAAUGUCAUGCCGAAAAUGGAUCAUUUUUUAAGUGAUGAUUGGUGUUUAAUAUGCAAAUAUUGUUUUUCACGAAUAAAUUAGCAUACUUCAUUCAUAAUAUAUAACAAAAACAUUAUUUUAGGAUUUUUUAAAAUACUUGCUUGUGGUUUGUGUUGUAAUAAAUGUGAGUGCCAAAUUUCGCGCGAACGGCUGCCGAGAUCAGAAUAGGGCAUCAUGUCCCAAGUCCUCAAUACAUCUCAAAUAGAUCAGUCCUUUUAUUGUUAAGGAAGUUUAUAGAAAAGAGUUUAUGAAUAUCUAACUCCAAAUAUUGAAGUUAAUCUAUUGUUGGAAUGUCAGGCUAACGGUUUACCUAAUUCAAUCUCUUAAUGAAAGACAUAAUUCCAAUACCUAUG